UGUUGAUUUUUUCACCCAGGAGCAUUUAUUGGUUUCUGAUAUCAGGUUAUGAUUAUAUAGAAUUUCAAGUUUUUAUUCGUUUGACUAUACUUCUAUAACAGCAACUGGAUAACGAUGUAUGGUUACCAAUGCUUUAUAUUAUUUCUUAUUCUGUAUGCAUUAUGUAUACAUGCUGAAGGCCAUAUUGAUACACAUGCCAUUUCCAGUUCUGUAUCGGAGGUCAAAUUUUUAUCAAGGAAGUUAUCAAACGCUGAUGAAAAUGUAGUUGAGGUUCAACAAAAUGUAAAAGAUGUUACACAAAGCUCAAUUAAUAAUGGUGAGGAAACUGUGAACCAUGAGAAAAAUGACAAAACAACUUUGGGAUUUGUUCAUGCCUUUCUUGCCUCAUUAUCUGUAAUCAUUGUAUCAGAACUUGGAGAUAAGACCUUUUUUAUUGCCGCUAUAAUGGCAAUGCGAUAUUCCAGAUUAACUGUUUUCUCAGGAGCAAUUGCAGCUCUCGGGCUCAUGACAGUUUUAUCUGCAUGUCUUGGUCUUGCAACAACCAUAAUUCCGCGAUGGUUUACAUACUAUCUUUCAACUUUAUUAUUUGCAAUCUUUGGACUAAGGAUGCUUCAGGAAGGAAUAAAAAUGAGACCCGAUGAGGGCCAGGAAGAACUUGAAGAAGUUCAAGCAGAAUUGAAGAAAAAAGAAGAAGAGUUAGAACGAGAAGCUACAGCGACAAUUGUCGAAGACCCAGAGUCUGGAAUCAUCCGUGGAGGACACUAUGCAAAACGUUGUUGGGGACUUUUAUCGCCUAUUUUGGUGCAAGCAUUUACACUUACUUUUCUUGCUGAAUGGGGUGACAGAUCUCAGCUUACAACUAUCAUUCUUGGAGCAAGGGAAAAUGUACUUGGUGUUGUUAUAGGAGGGACACUUGGUCAUGCUCUUUGUACUGGUCUUGCUGUAAUUGGGGGACGUAUGAUUGCACAAAAAAUAUCGGUCAGGACGGUUACGAUUAUUGGUGGUGUGGUGUUUUUACUUUUUGCGGUAUCGUCUUUAUUUAUUUCACCAGAUUCAAAACAAUAACAUAUUCUCGAGUUCAUAAAAAUUAUUUUUCUACAGAUAAUCGAAUGUAGUAGUGUAUAGUGUAUUUAAAAUGAAUUGAUAAAUCUGUUGUUUUUUUUGGCUACACAUAUAUUUAAUUUAAAUUUGCUCGUUCUACAUUAAAUUCUCAUAAUAUACUUUGUAAUAUGCUAAAUAGGUGUCAGGAUUCAUCGUAACAUAUGAUUUUUUAACAAGGUUUCUUUCUCGUAUAUGCCAAUGCCCUAACCUCUGACCAAACACAGUAUAACUACUUUUAAUUGCAGUCAUGAGUUUGAAUUGAGCCUAUAAAAUGAAGCACCUGCCCCAUUAAAUAUGUGGACCGGUAGAAGUAACUGAUUAUACUUCAUUAUAUUGACCUUGGGUGCUCAUUAUUAUCUUGUUAACUUAUUUAGGUACCCAAAAUUCCUAAUUUGAUUUUCUUUGAUGUUUUACAUUAUUCAAUCACUACUACAUUUACACAAACAUUGGGAUUGGUACUAUUUUUGAUUGAACAUGAACUAUAGAUAAAGUUCUCAGGAUGAGUACAAAAAUUUGGCUUGUUUGUUUUCAGAUUUUUAUUGCAACUAGUGUUUUUAUUGUAUGUUUAGAUAUGACAAGUGACCAUGUUUUUCUUUUUACUAUAGCUAAGAAUGUCCAAAUAGAAUUCAAUAAUUAAAUUUUGAUCAUUGCUAUAUCCUAGGAUGUUGACUUGAGUAGUUUUUGGAAUAUUUCAGAAUGCCUUCGUUUUACAGUUGAGUCUUAAAAUUGGGACUUGGUAAUUUAAUAUUCAGAAUUGAUUACAAGUUCAACCUGUUCACUGAUAGACUUGAUCAUAUCUUUGCUUUUUAUUGUCUUAUAGUUUACUUAACAACAGUGUAAAUUUCAAACGUUUAGUUAGAAUUUAGAUAUAUUCCCAAUCAAUUAUUAAUAAUAUUUGUAGAAUGAUUUGAAAUAUUAUAUUAUUUGGAUUUAACUAUCUAACUGUGUUUUGGCCUGGGGUACCAUAUUUGUAUGCAGAGUACAUACUUAUGUUCAAAUUUUUGCUUGUUUACCUACCCCUAUCGUAUAUAUUUUUUAAUGCUUAGCCGGUAUCUCAAAAUUUCAAACAUUAUGUGAAAUUUAAAUAUCACAAAUUCAAAAUUUUGAUGUUGGAAAAAUCGGAUUUAAAUUGAAUAGAAGAGGAAAUUUGUUCAUAUUUGAGUGGUUCAAUUGGAUUCAUUCUAGAUAAAAUGAAACUGUACCAAAUAUCUAUUCACUGUAGCAUUUUUAGGUUGUUUAAUCCUGUUUACAUGUCUGCAGAGAUUGCUCUAUAGAACACAAAGAUAUUUGUUCCUACCUCAGACAUGCUCCUCAGCAGGGUAUUAAUUAAAGUUAAACGUCAAAUUUGGGAAUAUUAUGUUUCUGGCAAUCACAGGAAAUUGUUGUUGAUAAAUAAUUAUUGUGCGAUAUCAUUCAGAUUCUUAUAUAUCUGUAUAUUGAAGCACUAAUCAAAGGUUGGAAUGUAUUUUGUACCGCUUUAAUAACAUGCUGCGAAACAUCAUUAACGCUUCAAUUCUAUCACUUGCUAUUGAGUGUGAGGUCAGUGCUGUCAAAAUAUAUUUGUUAGCUUAUUUUAUUGUUUGUUGACUUUGUUAUAUAUAUAUGUAUACUUUAACGCAUCAUUCUUUUUGGGGUUGGUUUAUGUGCUUGACGUAGACAUAUAUAUAUAUCAGUACCUAUGUGGAUAUGUAUCAUGUCUGCAUGUGCGGACUUUAACUCAUCCAGCAAAGGAAUGAAUGCAGUUGAUAUGGACUGACAAUUGAAUGGGGGAAAAUUUUGCCGAAUUGAGAGAUGUCCGUAGGGGACGCUGUGAAAUUACCUAGACUCUAUUAGUAUUCUUUUAGGUUUUUGAUGUUGAAAAUUGCUAAUCAAUUAAUCAUAAUAUAGCAUUAUGCUACCUUAUGCUAUUUUUAUGUGUUUAAAAAUGAAAUCUUUGAAACUGUCUAACUGUGUGUCGGUAACAUUGUGCAAGCGUUUAUCACAGACAGGACUGCCUGUAUGGGUUAUUUGGAACAUAAUAGUUUCGUCAUUGAAUGUCUAUGUGAUGUUGUUAAUGCCAGAAAUGGGAUUUGUUUAUGCAAACACUUGGUAAUGUAAGCCUGAUUUCAUAUGAAUAUUUCUUGAUAAUGGAUUUGUCAGGAAACAAAUAUCAUCAAAAGAAAUUUUGUCUCGAGCGGUGUUUAUCCAAUUUUAAUGGGCUGGAUCACGAUAAUUAUAGAACUAUUUUUAAUAUAUUGCUUUCCUGAUUUAUUAAAAAUAAUAUUUUAUUUUAUGUAUUUCAUAUUAUGAAGGGAUUGUAAGUGUCAAAUUUUAUGGAGUGAAAUCUUGAAUUAAACCUUAUGUGUACCAGUUGUUUCGAUUAUCUUUUUUCUCCUAAAUUUUGACUUGCCAAUUAAUAGGCGAAUGUUAAUCUGAAUAAGAUUUAACAAAUUUUAAACUAUUGAAUGUAUUGCACCAUUAUAUUCAAUAAUGGUUACAUAAUAUUUUAUCUGCUUAUUGCUUUUGUUUACAAAUCAAUUUUGACACAGAUAUUUAUUAUGAGCUGUAAGAAGUAGUGUUUCGUUUGAUAUAUUAAAAUCAUGAGUUUUGUCUUUUUAG